AAAUCCAGCAAAUACCCAGUAGUUGCCGUUUCUACGUUGUUGGCCAACUUGGCCUUUCUAGUUUCUGCUCUGUCUCUCCACCCAGCGCCACCAUCACCCCACACCCCACGCCCCCCACCCCCACCCCCCAAAACAUGUGACAGUGAUACAAACUCCCUCUUCCACCCCAGUUCCCCAGUUCUGUUGUUUCUUUAUUGCUCAAAUCUAAUUUUGUUUGGGUCAGUUCUGAGUUGUACUAGGCAGACUUUGCCAGUGAAGCAAAUCUAAGUCCUCUCUCUCUCUCUCUCUCUUCUCUCUCUCUCUCUCUCUCUCUCUCUCUCUCACACACACACACACACACACACACACACACACACACACACACACAUAUCCGGAAUGCGCUUCAAGAACCAGACAUGGGACACCUAGAUCAAGUUGAGGUGCUGAGAGGCUGAUCUUGAAGCAUUCGGAUGAUAGAUGCUUGGGUUCACCUUCUGUCGUUGAGGUAGAAGACCCCCUCCUCUUGCACUCUCUACAUUUUGUUAUUUAGCAGUGAAAUAUCAACUUUUUGCUUAGUAACAUCGUAGAAAAAUCAGAAAGAGAGUCUCUUAGUGCUUGAUUUUGUUAUCAUGAGGGAUUUUCCUUCCUGUUUCGGUGAAAAUGGGGUCCAAGUCGCUGAUUCAUCAUCUUCAAGUGCAGCCAAAGCGGCUCAAAAUGUGGUUACCUGUGUCUAUAGGUGUAAAUUGCCGGGUCGGUCUUGCUUGAUCACUAUUACAUGGACCAAGACUUUGAUGGGUCAAGGCCUUAGCGUUGGGAUUGAUGAUUUGGCCGAUCAAUGCCUUCGUAAGGUUGACAUAAAGCCCUGGUUGUUCUCUAAGCGAAAAGGGUCUAAGAAUUUAGAUGUGGAUUCUUGUACAAUCCAGAUUUACUGGGACUUGGCUAAUGCUAAAUUUGGUUCUGGGCCUGAACCAUUGGAGGGAUUCUAUUUAGCUCUUGUGUUUAACCAAGAAAUGGUUCUACUUCUUGGGGAUUUGAAAAAGGAGGCAUAUAAGAAGAUUGAGGUUGACCCUGUACUUCAUUCCAAUGCCAUUUGUAUUGCUAGGAGAGAGCACCUUUUCGGGAAGAGAUUUUAUGGUUCGAAGGCUCAGUUUUGCGAUAAGGGACAGAUGCACGAUGUCAGAAUUGAGUGUGACACCGUUGGGCUAAAUGACCCAUGCCUUGUGAUUCGGAUUGAUAGUAAAAUGGUGAUGCAGGUAAAGAGGCUGAAGUGGAAGUUCAGGGGCAAUCACACCAUUGUGGUGGAUGGCCUUCCGGUUGAAGUGUUUUGGGAUGUCCACAAUUGGCUCUUUGGUAAUGCUAUGGGCAAUGCUGUUUUCAUGUUCCAAACUUGCCUCUCUGCUGAGAAGUUGUGGGGUGCCAGUCACUGCACUUUUGACCCUUCUGUAUUAACUUGGUCGUGCCCUCAGCAAAUUAGUGAUUCCAAUUCACAAGGUCUUGUUUUCUCACUGGUUCUGUAUGCUUGGAAGCAUGAAUAGAAAGUUUUAUUUUCAUCUUUUUGAGUUUCAACAAAUACCUGUAGUUGUGGUUUUGAUAAUAGAAUGUGACUGAAAUACAGUAAAUGAAAUUACUAGUUUUUCUUUA